AUGGCUAUUUCCAUCAAGGGUUUUAUUGCCAGUAUUGCCAUCUGUUUUUACCCACACUGGAUAAUCAAACCGUCCACAACGGGUAAAGCGAUCUUUAUGACUUUAUGGAAAAUGUGCGAAGGAAUAGAGUCAACGCAGUGCACAGAGUACGAGAAUACACCUCCAUACCUGCACCUUGCCAGAGCACUUGUCAUCAUUGCCAUCAUCUUCGGGGUCUUUGGGAUCCUGCUUGCCAUUGCUGGCCAGUUCAAGUCUGGGCCAGAAGAAAGGCAAAACAGGAAAAUGACUGUGGCUUCUGGAGUUGCCUUCCUCAUUGCCGGCAUAUGUGUGAUGCUAUUAGUCUGGUGGAUCGACAAAAACAUCAAGGGUAAUUCUGACAACCCCCCUCAGCUUCCUGAGUCUGAGAAGAUGGUGAAAGGACCCGGAUUCUAUAUUGCCUCAGUCACCGCUGGACUUCUGUUCCUGGGAGGAAUCAUUAUCUGCCACUCCUUUUGUCAAAAGACGGGCAAUUGA